GGGGAAAAAAAAAAAAUCACAAUGUUGGCGGAGAAGGUGGACCAGAUGAUGGAGUGGAGCUCUCGCCGUUCGAUCAUCCGGAUGAACGGAGACAAGUUCCGGAGGUUCGUGAAGGCUCCGCCCCGGAACUACUCGGUCAUUGUUAUGUUCACUGCCCUUCAGCCUCAGAGGCAGUGCUCCGUCUGCAGACAAGCGAAUGAGGAGUACCAGGUUCUGGCGAACUCUUGGCGUUACUCCUCUGCUUUCUCUAACAAACUGUUCUUCAGCGUCGUUGACUAUGAUGAGGGGGCGGAUGUGUUUCAGCAGCUGAAUAUGAAUUCCGCGCCCACCUUCAUGCAUUUUCCGGCCAAAGGGAAACCCAGGAGGGCUGACACCUUUGACCUGCAGAGGAUCGGUUUCGCCUCGGAGCAGCUGGCUAAGUGGAUAGCAGACCGCACCGACAUCCAGAUCCGAGUGUUCCGGCCACCCAACUACUCUGGCACCAUUGCUCUGGCCUUACUGGUGUCACUGGUGGGAGGACUGCUCUACCUUCGCAGGAACAACCUGGAGUUCAUCUACAACAAGACCGGCUGGGCUAUGGCUGCUCUGUGUGUGGUAUUUGCGAUGACCUCAGGUCAGAUGUGGAACCAUAUCCGUGGCCCGCCGUAUGCCCACAAAAACCCCCAAAAUGGACAAGUGAGUUACAUUCACGGGAGCAGCCAGGCUCAGUUUGUGGCAGAGUCCCACAUCAUCCUGUUGCUGAAUGCUGCAAUUACCAUGGGAAUGGUCCUGCUGAACGAGGCGGCCACGUCCAAAGGAGACGUCGGUAAAAGGAGGAUUAUCUGUCUGGUGGGAUUGGGUUUGGUGGUCUUCUUCUUUAGUUUCCUGCUCUCCAUCUUCAGGUCAAAGUAUCAUGGCUACCCUUACAGUCUGGAACAGCAGCCAACCAGCCAAGUGUCGACAUACUCUCACUGUCCCUAUAUUCUCAGGGGCGCCCUUUGCCGACGCAUAUUCGCAGAGACGGUGGCUUACGGCAACCAAAGAGGAACGCAAUCGACGCCACCAGCACCGCUGGGGGAAUGCGGCCCUGUGUACCUACAGUGGAUAAGCUUUAAAAAUAACCACGGAGACGACCCAGUCGGUGUCGUUACCACGGUGAUGGGCCGUCUAAUGGAUGCUCCUAACAGCGUUUACACAGGGGACAUCAGACGGAGGUGGGCUGGAGGCCCCUAUUCCACAGAGAGCAUCGUCAUGCCAACCAGCUCUUGUGAGCAAAGAGUAACGGCCACAGUGGUCAGUGUUGUGCCGGAGCUUUCGGACGUAGUGCAGGACAGGCAUGGUCAGACCCGUUUUACCACGCUCCGUGUUGUACCCCUGCUUUGA